AGAAAGCAUUUUGCACAUCGUGAUCAUAGUCUGCUGUACAGUCGGGGCUCUACUGAUAGUGGGGGUGUGUUGCUGCGCCUGCUGGAAAAUGAGGCGCGGUAAGAAGUCAGGUAAAAAAAGGACAAAAAAGGCUUUUGGUUUAAAACUAACUGAAGAUCAACACUGGACAAGUGAGGACCCUAAGAUUGAACCCUACUUUGCAUGACUUGGGUGCUGGAAAAUCUCUUUGUACCUUGCAGAAUUAUGUGAGAUCAUCUAUCUAGUUUAAGUACCAGGUUUUUUUUUCAUCCUUUAAAAAAAUGUUUCAAUAUCAUUGUCUGUUUAUUUUGCUGCCCUUCCCUCAUGGCAAACUAUUGGUACAUAAUAUGAAAGUUGAAUGUUUGCACUGUAGCUCUGAUAAAAAAAUAAAAAUAAACAUUGAUUUACAAUUACAAAAAAUAUGUAUUUAAUACUCGUUUGAAUGAGUUAUUGUUACUGGAAUUAUUACAUAAUGAGAGGAUGCUGCUGUAAAUUAAAUGCUGUACAUUUGAAUUAAGUUGCAAGUUAUUAACAGUAAGUGUACUUAUUGAUAUAAACAAGCCUUAAAACAUCACUUACAUCAUGAGUCCUUUUACUGAAAGUUAAAUAAAUAAAAUAAUUUAAAGACCACACUAAAGUAGAUGGCUGAAGUAGUUAAUUUAAAAGGUCUUGUUGGUAUUAGUUGAAUCAUGUUUGACGACAUCUACAGGCCAAGUUUGGUUUCACUCACUUUAUGUCUUGUCUAAGGACCAGUUGUUUCAUAGUUAGAGGGACCUAGUUGUUUUCUGAUACAAAAGUACACCAUUUUUUUCUUUGGAUAUAGAAAUAGUGUGAGAAAGUUGAAAGUUAUUGUCACAGUAAAACUUUAUGUCAAGGAUUGUAGUGUUCUCUCAUUUCUUAUUCAUUAUUGAGAUGUUAAACUCUGUAUAUACACCCUGUGGUACUGUUUCAAUCAUAACUUAUUUAUAUUCUCUCUCAAAUGUGGAGGAAAAGGCAGAACAUAAUGGACAAAAUAAUAGAACCAAAGUGCAGGUCUUAGUGGUCAGUGUUUCGUGUGACACUUUGUUUAACUUCCUUUAGAGCAGUGACACCAUGUCCUGCCAUGGUAUCGUUUAGGCUAUAACGGUAGAAUGUUCUCAACAUAAAUGAGGAAGUAAGAUGCUUUUAAUCUGAAUCUGACCACUAACAGAAGACAUGUCAGGCUGCUCUGUGUAGUAUGUGCAUGUUUGCUGUAGUAUAAAGUUUAGAGUUUAGUGUGAGCUGCAGACUGGGUCCCCAGAGGCUGAACACUGAGGAGACAUGCAGGCUGUGAUCGGAGUGUUGGUGAUGAUGCUCGGAGCCUCUUACGGUCUGGAAACCCACUGUGACGGCAGACAGGAUGGAGCUCAGUGUUUCGGUCCAUUGGGAGGAACUGUGGUCCUCCAGCUGAUGGACAGGGCCUUAGUAACAGAAAGAUACCUAUUGUACAAAUCGUCAGCAACAAUACUUUAUGUGAUAAAUAAUAUGAUUGUAACGAAUGCCAUAAAAAGCAGAUCCUCAUUUAAUCCAAGUGAUGGAACAUUUAGGGUGAACAACCUCAGCAGGACUGACAGUGCUGAAUAUACAUUUAAAAUCAGUGACAGCAUACAUAUCAAAGAGAAACGGGCUCUACAGUUGACCAUUCAAGCUCCUGUGUCCUCUGUCCGGCUGGCCUCUGAGUGUCUGUCCCAGGGAGAGAAGAGGGUCUCCUGCUCCUCUGGGGGAGGGGACAGUCCUCAGUACAACUGGACUCUGGGUGGACGCUCACUGACAGACACUGAGCUCCUCUCUGUAAAUACUGAGACUAACAGCAUCACUCUGAAACAACACGUCUCUGGAAUAGUGGCCUGCUCAGUCGAGAAUAACGUCAGCCGCUUCUGUGGCUUCACAUUCAUCAAGUGCACCUCAAAUGAGACACAGAUAUCACAGUGGGUGUUUGCAGCCAAUAAUAUGCUGUGUUUUGAACCAACAACACCUCCUACCACCAUCUCAGAAUCCUCCACUGUGGGUCUGGAAACCUAUUGUGACGGCAGACAGGAUGGAGCUCACUGCUUCGGUCCUUUGGGAGGAACUGUGGUCCUCCAGCUGAUGGACAGGGCCUUAGAAACACAAAGAUACCUAUUGUACAAAUCUACAACAGUAAUACUUACUGUGAUAAACAAUACGAUUGUGCGUAAUGUGCUAAAAAGCAGAUCCUCAUUUAAUCCAAGUGAUGGAACAUUUAGGGUGAACAACCUCAGCAGGACUGACCGUGCUGAAUAUAAACUUGAAAUCCGUGACAGCAUACAAAUCAAGGAGAAUCGCGCUCUACGACUGACCAUUCAAGCUCCUGUGUCCUCUGUCCGGCUGGCCUCUGAGUGUCUGUCCCAGGGAGAGAAGAGGGUCUCCUGCUCCUCUGGGGGAGGGGACAGUCCUCAGUACAACUGGACUCUGGGUGGACGCUCACUGACAGACACUGAGCUCCUCUCUGUAAAUACUGAGACUAACAGCAUCACUCUGAGACAACACGUCUCUGGAGCAGUGGCCUGCUCAGUCAGGAAUAACGUCAGUCAGGUCUCUAAAGGAGAGGAGAUCUCUAACUGUGGCUUCAUAUUCAUUAACUGCACCUCAAAUGGGAGACAGAUACCACAGUGGGUGUUUGCAGCCAACACUAUGCUGUGUGUUGAACCAGAUUCCUCCACUGCGGCUGAUCACUCCCUGCUCGUAUGUGGUGUGCGGGCAGCUGUGGUGGUUUUUGCAUUAAUCGGGAUUGCCGUCUAUUUUGCUUGGAAGAAAAAUAACUACAAGAAGGCUGAAGGUUCUGCUUACCGUCCAGAGAGGGAACAUCAAGACGAGUCUGUUGUGAUGGUUGAGAUGUAAGCCAUCUGAAGUUCAACUCAGGUCGUCUCUCAUCGUCUUUAAGCAUGUGAAGAAAGGGAGUGGAAAUAAUCUGCUGUUUUUAUUCUAAAAGUACUUAAAUGUGUUCACAGUUCAGCAGCUCAGUAUGAGUUGUUAUUAUUUGAGGUCUGUUAGUGUUGUUUUGCAUUUGUAUCGCAGUUCAAGUACAAGUCGAGGUGCCUGCAUUUUUUCACUCUUUGUAAAUUACAAUCAUGAUCAUUUAUAUAAUGUUAGUAUUGAACUCAGAUUGAAUCAUGUGCAUGAUAGUUUGUUGUUUUUCUCAUGUGAUUCAAAUGUCAUAUAUAGGUCUUUUUUUGCUUGUUUGCUUGCAAUACGUUCUUAUGGAAAGUCUUUUUAGUGUUGUUAUAUAUCCAAUCCAGUUGUGGUACUUUAUGAAGUUAAAUAUUGCUUUCAUGAUAAUAAAAGUAAGUAAGGCUAAUAAAGGUC